CCACCUUCACACUUCUCAAACAGAAUUCUCUUUUAAGCGAAAGUGAAUCCAGUAAUAUAGUUGGUGGUAGCUCUUGAUAAUCUUCUCUGGUUGAUACCAGUUUCAAUCAAGCCGGCAGAGAUUUCUACAGCUGAUUCAGCUCAGUUAUCGUCAAGGGAAUGAUUCCAUAAUAAUACCCUUUAGUACAACUUGCCUGGAAUUCUCACUAGCAACAGAUGAUAUCCACCAACAACAAUGAGCGAUCUGCAGCGGAUCCAGACUUACGGCACCCUUGAGACUCUCCCCCGCCCAGCAAAUGGUACCCCGUCCCCUAGCAAAACAGCCAUUGAUGUCACAUCAGAGGGGCAAGUUGAGUUCCAAAAUAAAAGGUCGACACAAUCAAGUUAAUUAAGUCAACAUCGCAAGUGGUUCUUAUUGUUGGUAUUUAGUGUCAUUCAGUAUCUUGAUACGGCGCCUAUCUCUGCUAUUAUAAUUUUCACUAACUCAAUUCAAGAGGCUCUUGGCAUUCAAUACGCUGUUUAUUCUUUCACACCGGAGCAAUACUCCAAAUUUAUCCUCCACGCCUUGAGCGGUCUAACUGGAGUUGAUACGGGAAACGGAAACUCAAACACAUCUCGUUUCAUACAGGUAAAAGUAAGUUGAUCGAACGGUACAGAUCCCUUCUGCUUUCAGGUUAGUUAUCGCUAUCUUUGAGUUGCAGGAACUCAACCUCGCUCUCACCAUUUCCUGCCUAGCGGCACUGUCGCCAAUGUCAUGGGUCUUGUCAUUGGUGGUCUCUUCGGCUUCAUCACUGCUCACUAUCAGCAAGCCGGUUGGAGAGGGUUAUUCCGAGAUAUGAUCAUCGUCAUUCUGCCUUUCGGCGUUUCUGCCCUUGUCUUCAUCCCCAAGACCGCUGGUGAUCUUGCUGAAAAUCUUCCAUCACGCGAUAAAUCCAAGAGACUCUACAUAGUAAACUGUUUCUUGAUGCUCUCCUCAGUUAUCUUCCUCGUCCUCGGCAUUACUCAGCGCACCUUACGGCUGAAAGAAGCUAGCUUCUUGGUACCCUUCCUGCUCUGCUGGCCCAUAUUUGUGAUCUUCUAUGGGGCGAGAUUAUCGGAAGGUUAUGCCUUGACACCCCCCCCCCCCCCCCCGUCUUUCUGGAAGAUCCCAAACAUGACCAUUUUGAUUGUAUUGGCCCUUGGUAUUUACCCAUGGUGGUUAUGCGAUCCAUCAAUUACUUCAAUGAGCCUGCCAUCAUUGCGGCUGUUCGAGUCCUUCCUCAAGAUAUUUCUGCUGUCUCUAUGGCUUUUUUGGUUCCGCCUCUCUUCAGGCAGAGCAAAGUAGCGUACUAAAGGCAUCUGAAGGAGGGACGGUCAUUGUAGUUUAGAAAUGAGCGUUUAAGUGGACCAUGGGAGAAUUUCAUAUGGAGCAUUAUUGUAUAGUUAGCAAUUGUGAGAGGAAGGUGUCUCCUAUGAAAGAUGGUGGGCGGAUGUAUCAAGAAUAGGCGAUGAAAA